CUCGCACGCGCUGCCCAGGUCUCCCGCACCUGGGCCGACCUCGUCGCCGACGACGCCCUCUGGAAGACUCUCACAGACCGCUAUGGAUUCGAGAUCGAGCAGGCGGCGGCGGGGGACGGCGCGAGAGACGAGUUCGAUUUCGAACCGGACGAGACGGGUGGGGAACGGAGGCUCUCCAAUGGAUCUGUGUCGGCGUCGUCGCGCAGGCGUUCCAGCCUCUCGAUCCGAGGACAGGCAGGCGUAGACGCACUCGCGCGUGCAUACGAAGACAUGCACACCGCUCCACCGUCGGUCCCGCGCCCGCUCUCCCCGUUCCGGACGCACUUCCAGCGCGAGUACAUCACGAUGUGCAACUGGCGCAAAGGCGGCCGCCUCCUGCGCUCGCACCGCGUGCCCAUCCUCGCGCCCGACGCAGGCGUCAUCACCUCGCUCGCGCUCGACCAGGACUGGGUCGUCGUCGGCCUCGCCUCCGCCCGCAUCCACGUCUUCUCCGCCCGCACCGGCGUCCUCGCCCGCACGCUCACGGGGCACGAGUCCGGUGUCUGGGCCGUGCACCUCGUCAGCCGCGGCGGGGCGUGGCGCGGCGGGCCGCAGUCGUCGGGCGAGAGGUCUGCGGCGGCGGAGGGGGGAGCGGGCGAUCGGGUGGUGGUGGAGGAGGAAGAUGGAGCGGGGGAGACGGUUGUGCCGCAGUCGAUGAGGACUGCGUUGGGUCUUGAUGUGCCGCGCCCGUCUGGGCCGUAUGGAGACGGAGAGGGCGCGGAUGGGAGGGGCAAGCCGAGCGAUGUGGGCUGUGCGAGCGAGGGGUGGGGCCAGCCCGGUGCGCUCGUCGUCAGCGGCGGAUGCGACAAGCUUCUGCGCGUGUGGGACGUCAAGAGCGGCCACUGCAUCCACACACUCCGCGGCCACACCUCCACCAUCCGCUGCGUGCGCGUCCUGCACAACCGCCCGCUCGCCGUGACGGGCUCGCGCGACGCGACACUGCGCGUGUGGGACGUGCAGCGCGGCGUCGGGCUGCGCCUGCUGCAGGGGCACACGCAGUCCGUGCGCUGCCUCGACGCGUGCGGCGCGCGCGUCGUGAGCGGCUCGUACGACACGACGUGCCGCCUCUGGGACGCGGACACGGGCGAGUGCGUGCAUGUGCUGCGCGGGCACCAGCACCAGAUCUACAGCGUGGCGUUUGACGGGGUGCGUAUUGCGAGUGGGGGCAUGGAUACGACGGUGAGGGUGUGGGAUGCGCGGUCUGGACAAUGCAUUGCUCUUCUCCAGGGGCACACCGCGCUCGUCUGCCAACUGCAGCUCUUCACCCCUCCCCCCUCGUCCGCCUUCUCCUCCCCCUCCUCUCCCUCUUCCUCCUCACCCCCCGCCCCCGCGGGCCUCCUCGCAACAGGCGGCGCCGACGGGCGCGUCAUCACCUUCUCCCUCGACACAUACACCGCCCGCACGCGCCUCGCCGCACACGACUCCUCCGUCACCGCGCUCCAGCUCGACGCGCGCUUCCUCGUCACGGGCGGCAACGACGGGCGCGUGCGGCUGUACGAGGCCGCCACCGGGCGCCACGUGCGCGAUCUCACGGAGGGCUGCGAGAGCGUGUGGAAGGUCGCGCAUAAUCGCGCGGGGACGUGUGCGAUUAUGUGUAAGCGCGCGGGCAAGACGGUGAUGGAGGUGUGGAGUUAUCGGCCGAGGGAGUGAGCGGGUGUUGUUGGUUUUUUGUUUUGUAUAGUUCUUGUUAUAUUGGGAC